GUGCCUGUGAGAAGGGCCGGCAGUGGGACAGCGCCCUUGUGCUCUUUGAUUCUUGGCCGAGCAUGCUCGGCUUCCUAGAGCUGCUCAAAGUAAGUACUGCAGGUAGGUUGGAGCUUCUGAAGCAUCAAAGAUGGAGUUGGAGGCCAUUCAUGUUUUUCUACGAAACCUUCUUGAAUUUGCUUCAUCUCUAAGAUUCUCCUAUAUUUGGAAAGGUCAACAGCGGUUGGAGUAAUCCCUUCCACCUGCUUAGGGGGCUUACGCCCGCGGCCGCCGACCCGUGAGAGAGGGGUCGGGGAGCGACGCUGCUGUUUAGGACAAGACAAUGAUUGAAGUAAGUCGAGACUACCUGACCGACCUGAUUCUAAGUAAGCUGCUAGCAAAGGGUAGCUACUACCUACUAAACAGAGGAGAGCUCACGCUCCUUCACCGCUUUUAGGGGGAGCUUUCUCGGAAAAACGCUCGCACUAUUUGGUUCCUUGGUUCCUAGAUGUUUAUUGAAAAAACAACUACUUCCUAAACAAUAUAUUAUGUCUUCGUUGUUCUCGCAGGGUGCGCGCCGCCAGGAGCCUUCUCUUCUUCCAGGGGCGGCGCACGCGCGCGCGGUACCCUCCGCGGCCUCGGUGGAAAGUGCGUUUGCGUGAGUGCGUGCCAUUUGGGGGAAGGAACGCAUGUCGCGUAAACGCGGCGUGUCGCUGGGGAGUGGGAUGAUUCUCGGUGCCCACGAGGCUUGGUGCUACAUUCCCUAGGACUCCAUUCCCUGGGAUUUCUGAGGAGGUACUUGGAGGUGUAGGGAUUGUUGUCUCUAGUCAUGGUGGACAGGCACCGACAGGGUGGACAGCCAAGGUGGACAGAGGUGGAGCCUGAUUAUCGAAAGCCGACCUACAAUCGUUCAAUGUUGUUGGUUGAGAAGGCGGCAACUUAAAAGCGAGUAAAAACCUUAUCUAAAUGUGGGCUUCCCACGUGCAUUUGUUUAACUUGCGCAGCGUUUUCUUAUAAGGUGCUUGGGGUUAUAGAUAGAAUUCCAGCACGUCAGGUGGCCGUGGCCGUAGGCUCAGUGACAUCCCCAUCGAAGGCGCGGACAACAUUGGGGUAACGUAGGGCAGCCCAAGACGCACCAAUCUGCAAGGGUUUUCUGGGUCUUGGGGCCUUUCUAGACUGAAUGGUUGGCUAGCAGUGCUUGGAAGUCGUUUUGCCCUCUAGCACUUCGUCUGGAUGUGGUGGGGGUCCUAAUGAGGUUGUGAGGAUGCUCCAGAUCUAAGGUCUGCCAGCAACCGGGCCGAUUAAAUCUCGCACCCCCUCGCGCUCACAAUUGAGUAACGCAAUAAAGCACGAUUCACUUUUUAAGCCUGCCAUCCCAGCUGCUUGGUAUGAAAAGCACCUCGUGCUCGGUAUUCCCCGCGGGGUCCACAGGAAGGAAGGAACUAACUAGCUGAAACACAGAGCGAGCUGCUCGCUCGCGUACAUCCACUAGUUUUUUUUUCCGAACCAAUUUGAUUUGUUUCUGUUCUCGAAGUGAUCGCCAAGACCAACCACAGUGGAACUCAUGAUCCCUGCCCUUUUGCAACCACAAGUACUCCAUGGUUGAUGUGACAAGGAGGCUUGUUUGGCAGCUCGCUCUCAGACUCGCACUGUGGAAACAGCGCUGUCCUCCAAGAACUUGGCUCUAAAAGAGAUUCAAUGCAGAACUGUGAAGUGAAACCCAAUGUCAUCAGCUGCAACUCCGUCAUCAGCUCAUGUGAGAAGGCGGGUGAAUGGCAGCAGGCGCUCCACUUCCUGGAGUACAUGGACACGGUAGCGGUGGAACCUUCCAUCAUCAGCUACAACGCCGCCAUCAGUGCGUGUGAGAAGGCCAACCACUGGCGCCAAGCCUUGGAGCUCUUCACCUUGGCAUCCACGCAGACACGUUUGGCGGGCGACGUCGUGGGCGUCAACGCGGCCUUGAGCGCCUGCGCCAAGGCGGCGGCACAGACGCAGGCUUUGAGUCUCUUCAGGGCCAUGCCCCAGAUGAAACUGCUGCCUGAUGUGAUCUCCUACAGCACAGUGAUCACUGGACAACCAUGGCCACAAGUCUUGAACCUUUUAGAAUUAAUGGGAAGCGCUGCAGUGCAGCCAAACACCAUCACGCGAAAUGCUGCGAUCACGAGCUGCGUCACGGGCGUGUGGCCCUCGUGGCCGGUGGCCUUGGAGUUGCUGCGAGCCGCGGAGCAUCGGUCCGUUGCCACCAACGUGGUCCUCAGUGGCUGCGUCCGUGCGGCGGCGUGGCAGGCGGCGUUGGAGCUCUUCGCAAAGAUGGUGGAGGUCGCCUCGGCCGACGCCGUCAGCUACAGCGUGGCCAUCAGUGCAGCGGAGGAAGCCACAGCAUGGCAAGAUGCUCUCCUUCUCCUCCUUGCCACGCCUCGCGACGCCGCGGCGCCGCUGGCCUUCGCGGCCGCGAUCAGCACCGUGGCGCGCGCAGGCCACGCGCGUUGGCCAUGGGCGCUGGAGCUUCUGCGGCAGAUGGCACGGGAGGAGGUGCUUCCCGAUGUCGUUUGCUUCAACGCAGCCAUCAGUUCUUGCGAGAAAGCUGGCCAAUGGCCACAGGCUCUGAGCCUCUUGGACGAGCUCGGGCGGCGGAGGACGGCGUCCGUCGUCAGCUACAGUGCCGCCAUCAGCGCCCUGCGGAGCGCCCCGUCGGGCGUGGAGCGCGCCAGGGUACUGUUCGACGCCAUGCAGGGUGCCCGGGUGCAACCAAAUGUGGUGAGUUUUGUCUCCCUCCUUAGCUGUUAUGAGACUGCUUGGCGUUGGCCCGAUGCCUUGCACCUGCUGAUCUCGACCUCCUCCACUCGCGCGCUGAUCUCCUCUGCAGCGGGUAACGUGGCGAUGAGCGCUUGUGAGAAGGCCUUGGAAUGGGAACAGGCCUUAAGGACUUUUUGGUGGAUGAUCGAGCAGAGCCUUCAACCAGAUUUGAUCAGCUAUGUCGCAGCCAUGAGUUCCUGCGAGAAGGGCCAUCAGUGGCAAGCGGCCUUGAGCUUCUUUGAACGGAUGCGAUUAGAAUCGAUCCGACCGGAUGUGACCUGCUUCAAUGCUGCCAUCAGUUGCUGUGAGAAGGCCCUUCAGUGGCAGCAAUCGCUGGAACUGCUCGCAGCGAUGGCCAGCUUCCGAGUGGCCUCCGACAGCAUCAGCUUGAGCGCUGCCAUGAGCGCAUGCACAAGGUCUUCUCGCUGGUCUGCCGCGCUCUACCUCUUCACUGCCACCCUUCCAUGCGCUCCGUGCGCUCGCAGCGCGCAGUGCGCGGCCUGCGCCGUGCGAGCGGCUGAAAGCUGUGUGAGGGCAGCGCCGGAGAUGCUGGAGAUGCUGCAGGUGACCAGUGUGAUGGCACAGCAGAGUGCUUUCCAGUGACGCUGCCAGCGCCGGAGCGGCGCGCGAGCGGGCAUGCUUUCCGCGCUGGCGGUUGUUUUCUGUCAGAUGCGUUUGGCUGAAAACCACACUAUACUCCAUCCAGAACCAGUUCAAAAACACAGAUUGAUGUGCAGAUUGCAUGUGUCAAAGCCCAACAUGCCUUUUGAAAAAACCCAAACCAUCCAAGCAGCAACCUAAUAGUGAUGGCCUCC